GGGGGUUGGAAGCGGAGGGCAGCCCUCCUCCUCCUCGCGCGCCCCUUCUUCCAGCCUCGCCAGCGGGCGCGAUGAACCACAACUUUACCUCGCCGGUGCACCCCGUCUCUGCGCAAAGGCCCACGUCCUUCUUCAUCGAAGACAUCCUGCUCCACAAGCCCAAGCCCUUGAGAGAAGUCCCGCCAGAGCAAUUCACCAGCCCCCUGGCCUCCAGGGUCCCCCGCAAAGCCCGCACCGUCUUCUCCGACUCGCAGCUCUCCGGCCUGGAGAAGAGGUUCGAGAUGCAGCGCUACCUGUCCACCCCCGAGCGCGUGGAGCUGGCCGCAGCCCUCAGCCUCUCCGAGACGCAGGUGAAAACGUGGUUCCAGAACAGGAGAAUGAAGCACAAAAAGCAACUGAGGAAGACCCAGGACGACCCGAAGAACCCCAGCGGAGAGGAAGGCCUGGAGCAGAGCUCGAGCGAGCCUGACCUGACCGAGCCAGCCCCCGCGGAGCCCCGCAAGGCCGGCCAGCAGCCCGCUUUCCUGCUGGAGGAGAACGAAGACGAGGUGGACGUCAUUGAAGAUGGGGAUAUUUGCGCCACUCCGCAUCUAAUAUAG